GCCGACCGACCGAACGAACGAACGACGACCUUCUUCACGACAAAUCCCACGAAGGAAGAAGAUUUCAAUCCUUUCGUUUCGCACACACACAUCAUGGCUGCCCUCAACAAGAUUGCUGCCAACUCGCCCUCGAAGCAGAGCCCUUCUGAGUUGGAGUCCUCCCUGGCUAAUGCGCUUUUCGAUCUCGAGAGCAACACCCAGGACUUGAAGGCUUCUUUGCGCCCUCUUCAAUUCGUCUCUGCUCGUGAGAUUGAGGUCGGCCAUGGCAAGAAGGCUAUUGCCAUCUUCGUUCCCGUCCCUCUCCUCCAGGGCUUCCACAAGAUCCAGCAGCGAUUGACCCGUGAGCUCGAGAAGAAAUUCUCCGACCGCCAUGUCAUCAUCAUUGCUUCUCGCCGUAUCCUCCCCCGCCCCAAGCGCUCUGUCCGCUCUCGCAACACCCUCACCCAGAAGCGUCCUCGUUCUCGCACUUUGACCGCUGUCCACGACGCCAUCCUCUCCGACAUCGUCUACCCCGUCGAGAUUGUUGGAAAGCGUGUCCGCACCAAGGAGGACGGCAGCAAGACCAUCAAGGUCAUUCUCGAUGAGAAGGAGCGUGGUGGUGUUGACCACCGCCUCGAUGCCUAUGGCGAGGUUUACCGACGAUUGACCGGUCGCAAUGUUGUUUUCGAGUUCCCUCAGAGCAGCGCUGCCGACUACUAAAAAAAUGAAAUGAAUAGAAGGGAUUUAAUAUGAAAAAUACCAACUUUUCAAAAAUACCUGGAAUGAAGAAAACAUGACAGUUCAUAUUUCUAUUUCAUCCUUUUUAUUACGUGUGUGUGUGUGUCUUUUCUAACGUAUGGGAGCCCCUUUUUUAUUACUUUGUUGGUAAUUCCGAAUCAAUCAAUCAUCUCUGCCGGAUACUUCUGUUCUUUUACUCUACAUAUUUCGUGACGGCGGUUGCAUGGAGAAUUCGGAGUGAAGAAUGGGGUUUGACAUCCAAGUCUAGGCGGGGGAAAAUCGAGAAGAGAUCUAUUGGAGUGUGAAAAAGUGCAAAUCCAUAUAGACGAUGUGUGAGAUAGGGGGUCUUCGCAAUGCCUGAUCUUAGAGAGUUUAGGUCCUGAUAUCCCUGAAUUACAACCCUGCAUUUCAAUAUU